AUGUGCACAACUUUAAACGUUAUUGUCUGCCCUUUUGUGUUGACCGUGGAGGAAUGUUGCUUUGCAGUGACUUCAGUGAGGUCGCCUAGACAGGUCAUUGAUGCCCUGAAUGCAGAGGGGCCUGACAUAGAUAUCAUUCUUUCCGAAGUUGACCUUCCAAUGUCCAAAGGCUUAAAGAUGUUGAAAUACAUUAUGAGGGAUAAAGAGUUGAGACGGAUUCCAGUGAUCAUGAUGUCAGCACAGGAUGAGGUCUCUGUCGUUGUCAAGUGCUUGAAAUUUGGAGCUGCUGACUAUCUUGUGAAGCCUUUACGAACUAAUGAGCUCUUGAACUUGUGGACUCACAUGUGGAGGAGAAGGCGAAUGCUUGGACUGGCAGAAAAGAACAUCUUGAGCUAUGACUUUGAUUUGGUGGUGUCAGACCCCAGUGAUCCUAACACAAACAGCACUACUCUGUUCUCAGAUGACACAGAUGAUAAGUCCCGGAAGAGUGCCAAUCCAGAGAUGUGUUUUUCAACUCAACAGGAAGAUGAGACUAACGCUGCUCCUGUUGAGAUCCCACCUGCGGAUACAUUGGUGUGUGGGCCUGAUUUGCUGGGAAUUAGUGACCUGCGAGCAGGACAAAUUUCAUUGUUUCCAAAGAAGAGUGAGUUAAAGAUAGGUGGAUCUUCAGCCUUCUUCACAUAUGUCAAAUCAAGCAUGCUGAAGAACAACACCCAAGGAGCUGACCUUGAUGAUAAAGCUCCUCAACAGUUGAGGACUGAACAGACACUUAGCCCACGGGGUCAACUUGGUUACGAUACCCAUGUACAAGUUAACACAGAACAUCGGGAAAGCCAAUCACAAGGAGAUGACUUUCUGAGCAGUAACAGCAUCUCUGGUUCUUUUUCUGUAGAGAGGUCUUGUACUCCCCCUUUACCACUGGAAUGCUCACAACAAAAGAACUCAAACAUGGAAGAGUUCUCCCACAUGCCUAUGCAUCCAAGAAAUGACUCCCGCCACGACGUUUCAGGUUUCCAUCCAAAUACUGCUUAUCCAUAUUAUAUUUCAGGAGGAAUGAAUCAAGUUAUGAUGCCGUCAUCAACACCAAUGUAUCAAAAGAACCUGCAUGAUCUGCAAAACCAUGCUACUUCAGUAAUGUUGCAUCAAUUCAAUCAUAUUCCUCAGUGUCCUCCUCAUAUGCGAGGAAUGGCAUCUUUUCCUUAUUACCCAGUUGGUAUAUGCAUACAACCAGGCCAAAUGCCUACAACACCUCCAUGGCCAUCAUAUGGAAAUCCAUCUUCGGCAGUGGGAAAGUUAAAUAAAGUUGAUCGUAGAGAGGCAGCCUUGAUGAAAUUCAGGCAGAAAAGGAAGGAGCGUUGUUUUGACAAGAAGAUCAGAUAUGUAAACCGAAAACAUCUUGCCGAAAGAAGGCCUCGCGUGCGAGGACAGUUUGUGAGGAAAAUAAAUGGUGUAAACGUGGAUCUUAAUGGGCAACCUGCAUCAGUAGAUGGUGAUAAUGACGAUGAAGAGGAGGAUGAGGAAGACCAAGCAGACAGGAAUUCUUCUCCUGAGGCUGAUGCUUCAUUAUAUCGACGAUGA